GCUGCGCGUGGGUCUCCGUUUGUGAUCCUCGGGGGGCGGGCGCCGAGCUGCCUACCUCUGAAGUCAAAAGGCGGCGCAGCGGUCGCCGAGCUCCGAGGCAGCGAGAACAUGGUGCGCCGGCUCUUGAUUACAGUGAGGAUUCGGCGUGCGGACGGCCCACCGCGAGUCAGGGCUUUCGUGAUGCACAUCGUGCGGCCAGCGGGUGAAUGGGCAGCGCCGAGUGUGCGGGCCGCUGCGGCCCUCGUGCUGAUGCUAGUGAGGAGACAGCGCAGAGCGCAGCGACCGCAUCCUAGACCAGGUGAUGAUGAUGGGCAGCGCCCGCGUAGCCGAGCUGCUGCUGCUCCACGGCGCGGACCCCAACUGUGCGGACCCCGCCACGCUCACCCGACCGGUGCACGACGCCGCCAGGGAGGGCUUCCUGGACACGCUGGUGGCCCUGCACCGAGCCGGGGGGCGGCUGGAUGUGCGCGAUGCGUGGGGCCGCUUGCCCGUGGACCUGGCCGAGGAGCGGGGCCACCGCGACGUCGCCGGGUACCUGCGCGCGGCUGCAGACGGCACGGAAGGCGGUAGUUAGGCCCGCGCAGACCCCCGCGGAAGGUCCGGCAGACAGCUCGCUCGGACCUGAAGAAUCAUGGAAAUCAUUGGAAUAAGAGAAAGAAAUCACCCACACCCAAUUCUUCCCAGCUGUCUUAAUGCCAGUUCCCUCGGUUGGGAAGAUCCCCUGGAAGAGGGCAUUGCGGUCCACUCCAGUAUCCUUGCUUGCCUAGAGAAUCCCCAUGGACAGAGUAGCCUCGCGGGGUACGGUCCAUGGGGUCGAAAAGUGUCGGACAAGACAAGCGACUUAGCAGGCAUGCAUCAAAUAAAGCUUUUUUUUUUUUAAAUUGGAACAGCUUCGAUUUUCCUUUCCCUUCCCUUAAAUUUCCCAUAUACAUUUUGCUAUAAAAGUUUUCUUUAAAAAAAAUUUGACACCGUUCUUGUCUUUUCAUCGGGUUGGAGUUUUAUGGAGCGAGUACUCGUGCGCUGGGAAUACGUCUAAAAAUGACACUUCCUCUUUCAAACCUCGCACCGGCCAGGCUCUGGGUUUAUUACGGCCAUUUUGUGAACUAGGAAAACGAAGCUUAAAUGGAUUACAUGACUCCACUUGUGUCAAACUGCCUGUGAGGGGUGGAGCCAAGGAUAAAAAAAAUAAAAACAAAUAUGUUCUUUC